GUUUGACCAAUCACAGAUUCAGGAGUUUAAAGAGGCCUUCAACAUGAUUGAUCAGAAUAGAGAUGGUUUCAUUGACAAGGAAGAUUUACAUGAUAUGCUUGCCUCCCUGGGGAAAAAUCCAACCGAUGAAUAUCUAGAUGCCAUGAUGAAUGAGGCACCAGGUCCCAUAAAUUUCACCAUGUUCCUCACAAUGUUUGGUGAGAAGUUAAAUGGCACAGAUCCAGAAGAUGUCAUCAGAAAUGCUUUUGCUUGCUUUGAUGAAGAAGCAACUGAAUUACGCAGCCACCAUGUCGAGCAAAAAGGCAAAGACCAAGACCACCAAGAAGCGCCCCCAGCGUGCAACAUCCAAUGUGUUCGCCAUGUUUGACCAAUCACAGAUUCAGGAGUUUAAAGAGGCCUUCAACAUGAUUGAUCAGAAUAGAGAUGGUUUCAUUGACAAGGAAGAUUUGCAUGACAUGCUUGCUUCUCUAGGGAAGAAUCCAACGGAUGCAUACCUCGAUGCCAUGAUGAAUGAGGCACCAGGUCCCAUAAAUUUCACCAUGUUCCUCACGAUGUUUGGUGAGAAGUUAAAUGGCACAGAUCCAGAAGAUGUCAUCAGAAAUGCUUUUGCUUGCUUUGAUGAAGAAGCAACUGGCACCAUUCAGGAAGAUUACCUGAGAGAGCUGCUGACAACAAUGGGAGAUCGGUUUACAGAUGAGGAAGUGGAUGAGCUGUACAGAGAAGCACCUAUUGACAAAAAGGGAAAUUUCAAUUACAUUGAGUUCACGCGCAUCCUUAAACAUGGAGCUAAAGAUAAAGAUGACUGAAAGAACUUUAGCUAACACCUUCCAAUUACUUUGUCUUACUCUGUUUUAUUUUCUCUACACUUUCCCCCAUCCUUAUAGACCUGUUGCAUGCAGCUUAGUUUCACAGCUUUGCCUCUUUUUUUUUUUGAUGUAUUUAUUCUAGACCUUUCUGCCACUUAGCCCUUAUAUAAUCAGACUGAAGAUGGGGAUAAGGUUGUAAAUUGUGUUGAAAAAGAGUUUGCAAAUAAAAAUCAACAAAUGUGAAAGCCCAGGAAAAUAUAUUUCAGUAUUUCUGGUUUUGCUGGAUUUUUACAUUUUGUAUAAUAAAAAUGCUAUUUUUAAAUAAAGAUUAUGCUGACUCAAAUGGAAU